ACGUCAUAAAUAACCGGGAACCCCGCUACUAUAUAGAACCCGCGUGGUUCAGAACUUCGCAUAACAAUUCGGCGUCGCAUCUUAAAUUGCGUCGGACACUGCCUAUUGAUUUUUCACAACGUCUGCUAUUUAUUACAUUCGUGCUGUGACGCGCUCCCAUAAAAAAUGAAUGACUUUGGUCGACUCCGUUGCUUUAACGCUCUCGCCGGUACCGUAACACGUGAAAGGAAGUUGAAUCAUUUUAUCUAUGGUAUUUUGGAUAGUUCUUCCGGGUACAGCCUGUGUAUAAAAGUAUCAAGGUAAUGACGAUCAGUUAUAUUGGAUUGUUACAGAAACUCGAAAUGUCAUUAUAGUAUAUUCCCCUUUCGUAGGCAUGUCAAGCGAAGCUGUGCUAACCGUACGUUUGGUGCGAUCUUUCGAGCAUCGCAAUUUCAAACCUGUAGUUUUCCGAGGCGUAGAUCUCAAUCAGACAGUGGAGGAAUUCAUUGCGCACGUGAGGAAAGUUGUUUCUUCCAAAGAUGGACUCCCUCCCCCCUUCAAGAAAUUUGGAUACGACACACUGAAGAUCAUUCACCAAGCACAUGGUGCAAAGACAAAUGAAUUGGUGAUGAGUUUGGAUGAUGAUGACAAGCUAAUACUGAGGCAGGGAACCACCCUCAAAUCAUCAGGAGUAGGCCAUGAGACAGAGCUGGCCUUCUUUCGCAAUGAGGAUUAUGAAAGGUUUAAAGCCAACCCUAAAACGUCUUGGUGAGAGACUGCACUCAUGUAAACCAUGUCUGAAGUCAUGAAAAACGAAGACACUGGUGCAUUCGGAGAUUAUUUUUGAACAUAUAUUUUUUCCAGACUUUUUCAUGUACAGUAAAAAUAUUUAAUCAUC